AUGUUUAUUCCGACCAUCGUCGCUUAUCCCGCCACCACAGCAGCUGCCUGUGUGGCUAUUGCGGUGUCGUGUGCAAGCGUCUACGCGUUAUAUCAGCUGUUCUUCUCGCCUCUGUCAAGCAUACCCGGGCCAUUCUGGGCCAAGCUGACCAGCUUCCCCCGACUGAAUAGUGUGCUUGGAAAUGCCACACAUAUCGAGCUUGUGAAUUACCACAAGAAAUACGGGACAGUAGUUCGAAUUGGACCGAAUGCAUUGAGCGUCACUGACCCCACGGCUUUCCGUGAGAUUUACAAGGCAGGCAAUAAGUUCAUCAAGACCGAGUCCAUGGACGUCCUGAAUGCCGGUCGCUCUUUCGAUCUCGCUGGUGAGAGGAACGAAAAGGUCCACGGCGAACAACGCAAGCUGGUCGCGCGGGCCUACUCCUUGGAGUCUAUGAUCCAGCUUGAGCCACGCGUUGACGAGACUGUCCAAGCUCUGCUGAAUAAAUUCGAUGAGAUCACUGGCCAGACUAUCGAUCUCGCACAAUGGUUCCAAUUGUUCGCAUUUGCUGAUAAUCGAAACGGCUACUUCAACCAGUUCGCGUGGCGGGAGAUACACGCGAGAAAAGACCGCGGCGGCGACGACCGAGAUAUUCUUGGAAAGCUUCUUGAAGUGCAGCGAGGCAAGCAUCAAAUGAAGGACAUCGACAUCGCCUUCAUGAUGACUUCAAACGUCACUGCCGGGUCGGACACGACUUCAAUUGCGCUCAGCUCUGUAUUCCAUUAUCUAUUGCGCAAUCCGGAUACACAUCGCAGCCUGAUGUCUGAAUUAGAAGAUAAGGCGGCCAGAGGCGAGCUCAGCCCCAUUGUUACUGCAAGCCAGGCCGGGUCUUGUGCAUACCUGCAGGCAGUAAUCUAUGAGGCCUUGCGUCUGCGCCCAUCCGUCGGUCUUACACUGGAUCGUGUUGUACCUCCAGGUGGAAUGACUAUUGACGGUCAUUUUGUUCCGGAAGGGACAGAGGUCGGGACCAGCGCGUGGGCCCUUCAUCGGGAGCCCAGCAUAUGGGGUUCUGAUGCCGAGUCGUUCCGCCCCGAAAGAUGGCUGGGCAAGGAAAAUGAGGGACUGAAUAUCAGCUGGUUGGAAAUUGAAAAGCUUGUGCCAACCUUACUGAUGCGCUACAACUUUCGGCUGGCGCCUCAUGCCACCUUAACCGACGACUGCGGGUAA